AUGUACCCUCAACAUGGUGCCCCGAUGGCACCGCCCCAAAAACCGGAAACCUUUAUGCUUUCGACCGAGGCCCAACAAAGCCUGCCACACGACGCACAAGUCGCGCUUCAACAAGUGGAUAAUCUGAAAUAUUUCCUGCUGUCAGCUCCCGUUGAUUGGCAACCGGACCAGCUGAUUCGCCGGUUCUUGCUUCCCACCGGCGAUUACGUCUCUUGCGUUCUUUGGAGCAACCUUUUCCACAUUUCCGGUACCGAUAUUGUCCGAUGUCUUGCAUUCCGAUUCCAGGCCUUUGGACGGCCUGUGAAGAACUCCAAGAAGUUCGAGGAGGGCAUUUUCUCCGACCUGCGAAACCUCAAGGCCGGCACUGACGCGACCCUGGAGGAGCCCAAGAGCGCGUUCUUGGACUUCCUGUACAAGAACAACUGCAUUCGUACGCAGAAGAAGCAGAAGGUGUUCUUCUGGUACAGUGUGCCGCACGACCGGCUGUUCCUGGAUGCAUUGGAACGCGACCUGAAGCGCGAGAAGAUGAACCAGGAGGCCACCACGGUCGCAGUCAGUGAACCGGCCAUGUCCUUUGAAUUUGACUCCUCUCAGUCUCUGUAUGAGCAGCUGACCAAGUCACAACAAGCGAACUCCUCAUCGUUUGCUGCCCACGCAAGUACGACAUAUGGCCAGCCCAACUCCCCCGUGGUUCGGACCGUUGACGCAAUGCCUCCCCCGCAGAUGGCUCCGCCGGCGAUUCCCCUGCUUCAGGACGACUCUACACACCCCAUGUACAGUCACCCGCAAGCAGCGCCCUUGUCGAACAAUCUAGUCCAGAGCAUCAUUAAGCGUGAGCAGGAAUAUGGCCCCAUUCAGUACGAUCGCAACGGAAUGCCCAUGCCUCGCGCACACCAGCGCCACUCUUCCAUGCCGACCUUCUACGAAUACUCUCCCGCGCCAUCGUUCGUGUCCUCCCACUAUGAAGACUACAGCAACCGCGGCCUGUCGUUCGAACCGGUGACCCCUCCACAGCACUCGGUUGGGAUCGGAGCGGAGCCCGCCUACAUCGCCAACGAGGACACUGGACUUUACACCGCGAUUCCGGAAAUCUCCAACGGCCCUUCGUAUCAUCCCAUGAUGCAGCUGCCGCCUUCAAACCUGGCCAGCGUUCAAUAUCAGCCCGCGCCUCGCUCCUAUUCUUCUCACCCGUAUCCUGUCAUUGAAGGAUCGCCGACCUACAAACAGCGCAGACGCAGAUCGUCGAUCCCGCCUCACAGUGGCAGCGUCACCCCUGCCCCCGCGCACAUUCAAUCCACGCCUCCGGUGCCUCAGUCGGUCUCGUACGCUGCUCACCGCCCAAGUGACCUGCGACGCUCGGUCUCCAGCUCGGUUGCUCCAGUCGCAGAGGGAGACGAGUCUAACCAGGAUCUUGCGCGCACUUACCCAAGUGCGAUGCUGCCUCGGAAGGAUUUGCUCCAAGAUAUGUCACGCCACAGCACCCCUCUGCAGGGCAUGGAACAGAGCACAAGCCAACACCCUGGCUCAUUGGUGAGCCAGGCCGAUGACUUGUCUGCUCUUCCCACCAGCGCCGCCCUUGAGAACGCCGUCCAAAACACCACUGGUCGGUCUGAGCGUUCAGCGCCCGGUCCCACCCGCCGAGCUAGGAGUGCAACACUGAUGGAGCUGGGGCCUUAUCCCCACAAGUCUCACUCGUGCCCAAUCCCCUCUUGCGGUCGACUCUUCAAGAGAUUAGAGCACCUGAAAAGACACGUGCGAACCCACACCCAGGAGCGCCCCUAUCCUUGCCCCUACUGCAGCAAAGCCUUCUCCCGGUCUGACAACCUUGCACAACACCGUCGGAUCCACGAAGCGCAGCAGGAUGGCCAGCCCAUUGUCCCGCUUGACGAAGAUCUCGAAAACGAUGAAAAUGAAUAUGACUCCCCCAGAGAAGACAUGUCCCCACCUGAGCCUGCUCACACCAUGAUCAACAUGUCCAACAUGACGUCGAUGCCGGCUCCUAUGAGCAUGCCAUCUGCCAUGUCCGGCAUGGUUGCUCCGCACAUGAUUGCCCCCCAGCUCCUCCAGCAGCACAUGUGA